AUGUUCAAAUUCAAACUUGGUCGUAAACAACCUGAAGAAAAUGAAGCGCGGCGCCGACUUCAGAAAGAUUUGUUUUCUUUCAGCAAACUUUGUGAUCGGGGUUUUCCGUCGCGGCCAUCUGCGAUUGCGUAUGAUUUUCAAUUGAAGUUAGUUGCAAUUGGAACACAUACUGGCGACAUACGAAUCUACGGACAAGCGGAUUUUCAACUGUCAUAUAAUCUUGAUUCGACAUCGAUACGGAAGAUCCUCUUCUUGAAUAAUCUUGCACGAUUGUUGAUAUUGACAUUGGACGGUUAUCUGCAUUUACUCGAAAUCAAUAAUUCGCCAACAUUACAAAUCGAUCGAAUAUGCACAUCGAAUGAAGAUGACGGAGCGAUCCUGAAAAAUACUCAAACGUUGUGUUUGUUAAGAAACAAUUCGAAUUUGUUAAUUGGUGUAACAAAUGGAAAUAUCUAUUCGUUUAACAUCGAAACCUUCACAUUGAACGCUACGCCUGUCAUUCCAACGGAAACUAUCGAAAAAACAAUUGUUGAGUACUGCAGCGGACGAGUAAUUCAUCCUGGCGCCGUGCAAUCGAUUGUUCAACACCCGACUAACGACGAUAAAGUUUUAAUUGGCUAUAAGAAUAAACUUAUCGUUCUUUGGGAUUUGCCAUCGAAUAGUCACGAUCGAACUUAUAUCUAUAAACAAGAAGUGGAAUCCGUUUGUUGGUACAAUCAAGGAAUGAACUUUGCCACGUGCCAUAGUAACGGAAGUUAUGCAUUAUGGGAUCCUAAACAACAACUGAAUAAAGUUGACAUCGAAAAGAUUCCAUACGGACCGUAUCCAUGUACGCCGAUGACGCAAAUUUGUGUCAAAACGCUUCGAAAUGGUGAUCCUUUAAUUAUAUUUGCCGGUGGUUUACCUCGUUCAAGUUAUGCGAAUAAGCAUAGUAUUAGUUGUUUAUGCGAAAACGAACAUAAUGCCGAACGAACAAGACAUAUUGCAUUUGAUUUUACUACACAAGUCAUUGAUUUUUUUACAAUCGAUAGAGCUCGUGACGAUCCUGAAGCUCUGGUCGUUUUGUUAAAUGAAGAAAUCAUUGUGAUUGAUCUCAUCACUGAUUCUUGGCCUUUGUAUCAUAUGCCAUAUUUAAAUAGUAUUCAUGCUUCACCUGUUAUAUGUACAACAUUAGUCAGCGACGUCAAUACAGAAUUUUACAAAAAGCUCCUCAAUUAUGCGUCAAUACAAUUCGAAGAUUAUUCAGAUCGAAAAUGGCCGAUAACAGGUGGAGAAAUAAAUCAUCUUAACCAUGAUUCACAACAAAAGAAUUUAUUACUCACCGGACAUGAAGAUGGAUCAGUACAAUUUUGGGAUGUUACAAACAUCUCUAUGCCACUGGUUUAUAAACUAAAAACAAAUGAUUAUUUUCAAGUUGAACAAGCGCCCGUUGAUGAUGUCGACGAAGAAACAUGGCCUCCAUUCAAAAAGACUGGUACUUAUGAUCCAUAUUGUGAUGAUCCUCGUUUAGCUAUACAAAAAAUAGCCUUAUGUACACGAACUGAUACUCUUAUUGUUGCUGGAACUGCUGGGCAAGUUCUUACAUUUCAAUUCACUUCUGAAGCUAUUGAUGUUAACGUCAACACGAUCACUGUAAAUUUACUGGAAGGUUGCGAAAGUUUCGUAUGGAAAGGCCAUGAAGAAUUAAAAACAAAAUCAACUUUUGUUCCAUUUGGCUUUUUCGUUACUUCAGCCAUUCAACUCUAUCCACCUGCUGCUGUUUCAGCACUAGCAUUGUGUUCCGACAUUCAAAGCUAUGCUGUCGGCACAUCUCAUGGUUUUGCAUUAAUCAAUUAUCAACAAAACCGAAUUCUCACUGCCAAAUGUACACUUGAUCCCAAUGCCUUGGGCAAUACUACAUCCAAUACACCAUCGUCGAUUGGACAUUCAACAUUAAUUCGUGGACGGUCAUUGAAAAAAUCGCUUCGAGAAUCUUUCCGACGUUUUCGUAAGGGAAGAACAACGAAAAAAGCAACAAUGGUAACAACAAAUCAACGAAUCGAUGAAAAUAGUCCAUUGUCACCAACGAAUAUGCAUUUGGAGGAAAUUACACGUGUUCCAGUCGAACGGCAAGUCGAAUUUCGAGAAUUCAAACAAAAUGAUGAUCAAGUGUUGAGCAUGGUUCGAUGCUUAUACUUUGCCAAGACCUUUCUGAACAGUGUCAAUGAUCGCACACGUUCACUAUGGAUUGGCACUAACGGUGGGCAUGUUUACGUCUACUCAAUCGUUGGUUUAGAAUCUCAGUCGAGUAGUCAAGUUUCUAUUGCAACAGAUCAAACAAGCACGUGUUCAUUGGCCAAAGAGAUUCGCUUGAAACACAAAGCACCUGUGUUAAGUAUUGCUGUACUUGACAAUGCCUAUCAAUCAAUCGGACAAGGUUCGAAUAUUCCAAUGAAAGAAUCGUCAUCUGAAAUUUCAUCCGCAUCAAUGUCAGGCAAUCCAGAACAAAUCAACACGCAUAGAGUACUAAUUUGCUCUGAAGAACAAUUUAAGAUAUUCACGUUGCCACAUUUGAAACCAGUAUGUAAAUACAAAUUAACAGCAACUGAAGGCACACGAGUACGAAAAAUUAAUAUCAAUCAGUUCACAUCGAAAACAGACAAUCCAAAUGAAUCUCAUUCCGAAUCGUGCCUUGUCUGUUUGGAUAACAUGGGCCAAAUAAGUAUCUAUACAUUACCAGCACUUCGUCGUCAAAUAUUGUUCAAUUGUAUAAAGCCAACCGACAUAACUGCUCUGUCAAGUUUUCAAUUUACGCCUUACGCACAUGCUUUUUACUUACAGUCAUCACCCGAACUAUGUGAAAUCUCAUUUUCACCGCAAAUGAACUUUCCCUAUUCCAGGAUGAUUUCCUAUGAUAGACUUCAACGUAAGACAAUCUUAAGAUCAGUCGAAGAGAAAGCAAUCAAACAAGCGAACACAAAUGAAAUACCCUCAAAGGACUCCAUUUCAUCAUUGACGCCUACGUCACAAAACUUCGAAAGUCAUAAAACUGAACCUGAAGAACCUGUAUCCAUCACAACAGUAAAAUCUGAUCAGACUGGCAAUAACAGUGGUUUUAGUACAAAUUCUGAUUCAGCCAUAGAUAUCAACUCAGUAAAUAUCACCAAUGAUCUUCCGACAUUUCAAUCAACUCCAAUCAAAGUUGAUAUUGAGCCAUGGAUAACAGUUUCAUCCAAUGGUCACGAUCAAUUGCCAUCGCGAGCAUCACCAAAAUCAAGUAAAAAAACUGCUGCUCCACCCCCACCUCCUCCUCCUCCCAAGCCGCCUCGACCGAUUUCAGUCAAAGUUCGUCAGGCGCCUAUUAUAACCGAACUUCACGCUUUCAAUGGUACAAAUAAUCAAUCGUCUGCCAUACAUAGUUAA